CUCUAUAUAUAACUUUCCUCCUUAUCAAUUUAUAUUCAGAAGAUGUGGGGAACUGUAAUCUGUGUGUUCCUACAAUAACAACUUUUAAUGUUGAUGAAUACUGCUUAUCAAAUCAGAGGCAAUUUUUAACACUAGAAUUCCAUGUAAAGUCUCUCUAUGCUCAGCGAAAACCAUGAUUAAGCACUCGUUUUCAUUAGUUUAUGUGUAGGUUGAUAUUUCUGGGAACUGUUUGGGUUGUAAGCCAAUAGGAAAGAGGUGACAUGUCAUUACAUUAAGGACGAAAGCUACGCCGUAUGAAUAUCUGCUAAAUUCACCUCUGUGUAGAGAAAAGGACAUCAUUCGUGAUCCUCAUGCUCUAAUUCUUCUCAUGACGCUUUUUACUUCUAUAGCCGAUUACGUGGUAUUUCUCUAGAUAAGGAAUUUCAGCUUAUGAAUGUCGUACAAUUUUCCUCUCAAUCUGUUUCUACAAGGCAUUUAUCAUCCUUAUUCAAACUCGGCUAAUGCGGAGCACGAGAGCCAUGCUCAUUUUGUCGAUGAUAAGAAGAGCAGAUGUUAGGCGUCUCUUCCGAUUGUGGGAGGAUCUUGGGCAGCUGCGCAUCUAUCUUUCAGGCUGAGUAUCGCUGGAAUGUGCCGAUGCCCCGUGACCCGUGAUAGGCAUGUGAGUGUAUUGGGCGCAACAAUGGACUCAAAUUUCAUCAUGUGCGGGGAAGCUGAGCGGCACUGGGGCAUGGCAGGAUCGCAUUCGCGAGAAGGGCAGUGACUUGUCCCAAAAUACUGAAUCAACAUCCCCGAAGGAGGAGCGAACGCGAAGAUCUUCUGGCAUUGCGAGAAGUGAUCGUUCGGUUGUGGUGAUAAGCUAUCUGUUAGCACUAGCGGGAGUGCGACUCUGGCAUACGAUAGUGACCACUCAGCUGGUGAUCAGCCAGUCGCACAGUCCUUGGCCAGUGUGUCUGGGUGCAUCGUCGUGGACUAUGGCGCGAACCAUGGCGCUUCACAAGAUAGUUCUUUAAUGGCGCGCUAUGGAAGUGAAUAAUCUCCUCAUCUUCUGGCUGAUCUGCGUGGCCUCCGUGAGUUCCUAUCGUCAGGCCAGGCAAUCACCCGCCAUCUUCAUGGAUAACAGCCUACCCAAGGUAACUGGCUGCUCCAACUGCAAUUUGCAUGACGAUGAGGUAGCGCUACGCAUCGAGUACGUGAAGGAUCAGAUCCUACAAAAGUUGCGCCUCAAGGAGCGCCCCAAUGUCUCGCGCAGUUCCCUUCCUCGUCCCAUACUCGAAGGCAUUAUCAGCCAACGCGAAAACCUUGACGACAGCGAGAAUUCACUCAACCGUCACGUUCACGAUGACUUCUACGGUAAAACAACACAAAAGAUCAUCUUUCUGGAAGAAGAUCGCCGUCUCUGCAGUCGCGAUGCGCAGUGCUUUUCCUUCCAGAUUCCCAGCGAUGUGUUGUCUGCUGAGGUGGAGCAGGCCACCUUGUGGCUGUACAAGAUGCCUGAUUCACUUGAUUCGCACAAUCAGACCUUCGUGAUAUCAGAGAUGGCACACUGGGAUCCUGCCCGAAAAUUUCCCAAGCGCAAUCCUCUGGCCAUUCACGAGACGUCCGUUGGCGAGGGAUGGGUUCGCGUUGGUCUACGUUGGGCCAUGCGACGAUGGGUGGAGCACAACGAAUGGCGCCAUGUUUUACACGUUGUCUGCAAGACGUGCGCCUUCGGCGGUGUCGCCGCAGAGCCACCAAGACAUCCGUUCAUCGUGGUCGAUGUGACUCCGGCCGGCGGUCGUCGCGUGAGACGUAACAUUAACUGCAGUGCUGGCGUUACAGAUUGCUGUCGAGAGCGUCUGUACGUAGAUUUUGCAGACAUAGAGUGGGAUGAUUGGAUAAUUUAUCCUCCGGGUUAUCACGCCUAUUUCUGCAGAGGCUCUUGCGCCUCUGUGGCAACCAUAGCACAAGGAUCGCAUCACAACUACGUCAUAAGGAAAUACAUGAUGCGUCAUCAACAGCAGUCACGCACGCUUAAGUUAACGCCUUGCUGCACGGCAACGGAAUUCUCGGCCCUGCAGCUCUUUUAUCUCGACAGCAACAACACGGCCACACAGAAGGUGCUGCCCAAUAUGAUAGUCGAGGGCUGUGGCUGCAUGUGACGACCCAAUUCGUAUUACUAAUAGUUGCAAAUUCACGACAAAUAUAUAGGGUAUUUAUUGCAUAGAGACAAGUUUAACUCUUCACUGUAACUCAAUUCCAGUAUUUAUGACGUGCAAUUUCACACAUUUUAUCAAUGUUAUUUUAGACAUCCUACGUAAGUUCAUAUUACAAAGUGGGAUUAUGAAAAAAACAUCCAGAAAUCCAAGAAUAGACAACUUUAAUUAAAUUCGAGGGAAAUCCAUUCGACAUCAUUGACAAUGGUUCUGUAAGUCACACCGUGAUCAAUGAAUAACACGCCAGGGGAGGAUCAGUUCCCCAAAAUCACGUUACGCCAUGUCUUUGCGAUGGUCGAAAUCGUCGAAAUCACUCAUCACCGUUUUUCAACGUCUUGUUGAUCGCUUUGUAUAAAA